CUGUUUUGUAUCAUAGCUUAUGGCCAUGCAAAUGAAGAUUAGUGUGUUCCGUAGUGAAAGCUGAAAAGAUACAUAUAUCAGCUUUAGCCACAGGUGGAGAACAGUACACGUUGCAGUGCUUUUAUUUGCGAGUGUGCAGAAUCUCUCAACAUCCUUCUGAAUGGGAAGGACUGAAAGGACAAUGGUGCUGCUUUUGUUACUGAAUGGGUCACAGACCCUGGCUCUCAAGCUCAAAGCAACUGCAUGGCAAACAAAAUCACUGAUGGAUACCCUGGGACAGAAUGCUGCUGCUGUCUGUGAGUGAGUUGGAGCAGAUGGGAAAGCUGCAGCAGAAUCUUUCAUCCCAGCUGCCUCUUGCAGGUCCUGACACGUGUGAAGGGAACUCUGGCUCUAUGGCUACCAAGAUCCCAGCUGAGAAAUUUGGGAAAUACCAGUGUGAGACCCACCAUGCUAAGAGCAUCCUGUACCAGAUCCUCAACAAAGAGCACAGAAGAGAGACCACGUGGCACCAGCAGUAUUGCAGUCUCCAUCGCUCUACGGGAAACAAAGGCUGCCCUUGUAUGGACAGAAGAAAAGCUGUCCUGAAAAUGCCAGAAGCCACAUGCAGAAAAGCUUCUGAAGUGCUCUUGAAGACUUUAACUUUUAUUAGAAACUUGCCUUCUUUUUAUCAUGUGCCUUGGGAGGAUCAGCUUGUCCUCAUACAGCAGAACUGGGCCCCCCUUUUUGUCCUUGGCAUGGCACAAGAAGGGGUGGAUUUUGACCUGACAGAGAUUUCCGCCCCUAGUUUAUUGAAAAAAAUCCUCCUCAACCAGUCUUUAACAGCUAGCAAUGAACCAGGCAGCUCAUCACAGGGAGCACCUUUAGCAGAAGUUCAGAAGAUGAAGAAUUUAUUGUGGAAAUUCUGGGAUCUGGACAUAAGUGCAAAAGAAUAUGCCUAUCUUAAAGGUAUUAUUCUUUUUAAUUCUGGAUGUUAUGCCCUAAAAUAUCUCCCCUAUAUACAAACACUGCAGCAGGAAGCUCAGCAAGCCUUGAUGGAGUUUAUCUCAACAAUGUUCCACAGGAACCUAUGCAGGUUUGCUUGGAUUCUUCAGCUAAUUGCCUCUCUUAGAGACAUUGAUGCAGAAGCUAUUGAAAAGCUCUUCUUCAGACCCAUCCUAGGAGAGGCCACCUUAAAUGUAUUAGUUCUAGAAACCCUAUACAUCAAGCCAAAUUGCCUUUGAAAACAGAUGACAUCUGUGCGCUCAAAUACAUAUUUUUGAAAAGAUGGGAGGAUUUUAUGAGCUAAACACAUUUCAAACAAAUCGCUGAUGCAUCUUUGUAAGCCAUAUAUAAUUUUUUGUAAGAUGAAGUAAUUUUGUAUAUUUUAGAAUUAAAAGCAGAGAUACCUAACCAUUUCACGUUUCUGUGUGCUUUCAAAAACCUGUAUUCUAAUGCAUUCAAAGAGCAUCUAGCAUAUUUUCCACUUGUGCCAGGUUCAACUGUAUUAUUUCUACUGAGCAUUUUUAUAGCUGUUUAAAACUAUAUCACAUGCUUUUGGCUUUCUAGAAGCUUUUGCUUUCAGAAAAAAAGGGCAGCAAUAAAUUUUAUUCACUGCAUCCCAAAUUGAAGAUGAAUACAUAUGUAAAAGGCUGAUCCAUGUAAAAUCAGAAUAAAUCCUCCUUUUUCCCUGGAUGUCAUUCUCUGAUCCCAACCCCUUUUCUGUUCCACUAAGAACUCUAGUUCUUGGCUGUAGUUGCUUGAUGCAGCUCCCCCAUACUAACCAAUUUCUUACAGGUUCCUUUUCUAAGUCUUGCAUUAAACUGUGGGCUUUAAACCCCUCUCCCAUUAUUCACAAAGUCCUUCCCUGACUAAGAAACUGAACAAUACAAUUCAAAAACUUGUAGACUAGACAAAAGACGUAGUUCAGGAUUGUUUCCAGGAUGGGAAUAGCAAAGGUUGAAAGCUAUCAUGUUAUGCCAUAAGCAGCAGAACUGAUGUAGCAGUUUCCUACCUAUUUAAGACCUUUUCCAUUUAGCCCUCCCUGCACCCUUUUAUAAUUACCCUCACUCCCCUCCAAACUUAUGGCAGAUGUUUGUUGGGCAGCAGAUGCUGAAAUAUGGUUUCCUACAGAUGUGUACAAUUUGUUCCUCUCUCUCUCACUGCAAGAUUUCCAUGUCUCCACCUCCAAGUGAACUAUGGCAUGCCCCAAAACAUUUCACUGUCUCCUAUCUGUGUGGCUGAAGAAGAGGCAGCAUAUGUUUGGGUUGGCACCAACCUAUAUGUGUGUGCUGACUGGUCAUCCAUCAGGAUAAAAAAAACCAUUAAGCUUAUAUUUUGCUGCAGUAAGAGAAGUUAUU